AUCAACAAGCCUGAGAAGCUGGACAAGCCAGAGAGCUGUGAUAAUGUCAAGGUUGUUGUUCGAUGCCGGCCUCUUAAUGAACGAGAGAAGGCUACGGGCUACAAAAUGGCAGUCAACGUAGAUGAAAUGAGAGGAACUAUAACUGUCCAUAAAACAGACUCAUCCAAUGAGCCUCCCAAGACAUUUACGUUUGACACAGUGUUUGGACCAGAGAGUAAACAGCUGGAUGUCUAUAAUUUAACUGCAAGACCUAUUAUUGACUCUGUCCUAGAAGGAUACAAUGGUACUAUUUUUGCAUAUGGGCAGACUGGAACAGGCAAAACUUUCACCAUGGAAGGGGUCCGAGCGGUUCCUGAGCUUAGAGGCAUCAUUCCCAAUUCCUUUGCCCAUAUAUUUGGUCACAUUGCCAAGGCAGAGGGGGAUACAAGGUUUUUAGUUCGUGUGUCCUACCUGGAAAUUUACAAUGAAGAAGUGCGGGACCUGCUAGGAAAAGACCAGACACAGAGAUUAGAGGUUAAAGAGAGACCUGAUGUGGGAGUUUAUAUCAAAGACCUUUCAGCUUAUGUCGUAAACAAUGCAGAUGAUAUGGACAGAAUCAUGACUCUGGGCCACAAGAACCGCUCUGUUGGUGCCACAAACAUGAACGAGCACAGCUCUCGUUCGCAUGCCAUCUUCACUAUCACUAUCGAGUGCAGUGAGAAGGGGGUUGAUGGAAACAUGCACGUGCGCAUGGGCAAACUGCAUCUCGUCGAUCUUGCUGGUUCUGAGAGACAGGCAAAAACUGGAGCCACGGGGCAGCGACUGAAGGAAGCUACUAAGAUCAACCUCUCUCUUUCCACACUGGGGAAUGUUAUCUCUGCGCUGGUGGAUGGCAAGAGCACCCAUGUGCCCUACCGUAACUCCAAACUUACACGGCUCCUUCAGGAUUCUCUUGGGGGCAACUCCAAAACCAUGAUGUGUGCAAACAUUGGUCCAGCAGACUACAACUACGAUGAGACUAUCAGCACUCUCAGGUAUGCAAACAGAGCCAAGAACAUAAAGAACAAGGCCAGGAUUAACGAAGAUCCCAAGGACGCUCUGCUCCGCCAGUUUCAAAAAGAAAUUGAAGAGCUUAAGAAAAAACUGGAAGAAG